AUGUUACUUGUCAUUGGAUUUAGUACAAGAUAUGCUCAAGAAACACCAUGUUCCUGUUCUCCAGGAUGUCCUAAUUGUCGAAAUUGUAAAGGAUGCCCUGGAUGUCCUAGAUAUCUUGAUCCAUUCCCAGGAACAGCAACAUGUUCGUAUAAAAAGUGA